CUUAAGUGGUACCGGGUGCACAUAUAAUAGAGUUCAGUGGUACCCCACACACUAUUCGAACUUAAGUGGUAUGCCUACCACAAUUCUCAAACUUAAGUGGCACUUGAGGUAUUUUACCCAAAAGUUUAUACUAGAAUAAAAAAAAAACAGUCGUAUAACCACAACUUUCGAAAUACACGAAAUAACCAAAAUCGGGAGGUUGUGUGCCAAAUCUAGCCACUUCCUUCUGAAACUAUAAUGGUGUGUAUGAUGUCGUUAAAUCCACUAAAGGAAUGCUAAAUCAGAUCCAUGUCACCUGGCACAUAAAAUAAAAAAUAAAAACAAAACAAAUUUUAAAACAUAAAAUAUUAAAAGAAAACCAUCGGUCUUCCUCUCCAUCUCCCUUCAUCGUCUCUGCUACUCUCCCCUCCUUUCUCCGCCGAACCCAGAACGACGAUGAAGAGAGGCAACAAAUCUAGAUUCCCUCUUUUUCCGGCAGCUGUGGUCUGCGGAUUCUUCUUAUUUCUCCGGCCGAUUGAUGGGAGAGUAGCAGCGGCUGCCAAAUUCUUCCUUCCUCUAACGAAUCGACGAGAGAGAGCAAUAUCGUCAUUCUUGCCACCACAUAGGGCUUCAUCGAUUGACUCCUGUUACUCGACGGUGGCCGUCGUCACUUUGCAGGUCACUCUCGCCUUCCUCUUCAACUUCCAUCGACGGCUUCCCCAAAUCGAAGAAGGGGUUUGCACAGAUCUGGUCUUCUGAGUUUCCAAAGUCGUAAAGCAACUCGGUUUGUUGCGUUUGUUGAUUUAGGGUAUGGAUCGGAAUUUGAGGUGGAGCAGAGGAGGAAUUGAAGUAGGGUUCAGGGCAUGGAUCACAAAAGGAAUUGGGGUUUGGGGCAUCUCAACCACUCGAUUCCCUCCCACCUACUUGAUGUCAAUUUUCUUUCUUUUUGUUGGCAAUUGGGCAAGGACAUGAAGGAUACAUGAUGGCAACAAUGGCGAUAAAGGAUUUGGGGUUUGGAUUAGCGGCGCCCGAAGAGCUUCCUAGAGCUGGGAGGAGAAGGCGGUGGUGGAUUCAAUUCGUCUUGUUGAGACGAUUUGGUUGCGGGACGACGAGUCGAUUAGGGGUGCGAUUAAAGAAAGGAAAAGAAAAAUAAAUGAAAUAAUAUAUAUUUUUAAAAGUG